AUGGGACAACCACAGCAACAAGCGGCGCCAUCGGGAGGCUCCAGAAAGAUCUCGUUCAACGUCUCUGACCAGUACGAUAUCCAAGAUGUUAUUGGGGAGGGGGCUUAUGGCGUCGUCUGUUCUGCACUGCACAAGCCGUCAGGUCAGAAAGUGGCCAUCAAAAAGAUCACUCCAUUUGAUCACUCUAUGUUCUGCCUGCGCACGUUACGAGAAAUGAAGCUGCUGCGAUACUUCAACCACGAGAACAUCAUUUCGAUUCUUGACAUUCAAAAGCCACGAAAUUAUGAGUCCUUCUCCGAGGUCUAUCUCAUUCAGGAACUCAUGGAAACGGACAUGCAUCGCGUGAUUAGAACCCAAGAUCUCUCGGACGACCACUGCCAGUAUUUCAUCUAUCAGACUCUGCGCGCUCUCAAAGCCAUGCACUCUGCGAACGUCCUUCAUCGAGACCUGAAACCAUCUAAUCUCUUGCUCAAUGCUAAUUGCGAUCUCAAAGUCUGCGACUUCGGCCUCGCGAGAUCUGCAGCUUCAACGGACGACAACUCAGGAUUCAUGACGGAAUAUGUUGCGACAAGAUGGUAUCGUGCUCCAGAAAUCAUGCUCACGUUCAAGGAAUACACCAAAGCCAUUGAUGUAUGGAGUGUUGGCUGUAUACUUGCAGAGAUGUUAAGUGGCAAGCCCUUGUUCCCUGGAAAAGACUAUCAUCAUCAACUCACCCUAAUAUUGGAUGUCCUUGGUACUCCGACGAUGGAGGAUUACUACGGCAUCAAGUCCCGGCGUGCGCGAGAAUACAUCCGGUCAUUGCCCUUCAAGAAGAAGAUCCCCUUGAAAGCACUCUUCCCCAAGACUUCGGACCUGGCAUUGGAUUUGUUGGAGAGGCUGCUAGCGUUCAACCCAGUCAAGCGCAUCACGGUUGAAGAAGCCCUCAAGCACCCGUACUUGGAGCCUUAUCAUGACCCUGACGAUGAGCCCACUGCGGAUCCUAUUCCAGAAGAGUUCUUUGACUUUGAUAGGAACAAGGACCAGCUCAGCAAGGAGGAAUUGAAGGCGUUGAUUUGGAAUGAGAUCAUGCGAUAG